GAAGGAGCAAAGGUUUAGUCUUUGGUAAAUAAUACCGAAGCCCUGCCCAGUCCCAUCCGUGUACGUUCUAGUUUCUUAAUCUUUAAACAAAUGCCUUUCUAUCUCAUCUGCCAGAACCAGUUUGACUUUUCUUCAAGGUGUGAUUCAUGACUUGUUCCAGUCGAAGAUUGCUUCAUAAGAUGACAUCACUUUCGUUGUAACAUCUACAUAUUUGUGACUUUGUGUGACCUGAAAGGACCGUCCGGAAAUGGCAAACCAUAAAGUCAGACUUCUGUUGUUGCUACUGGUGAUUUUAUUGAGCAUCAUUUUUUUUAUUAUAUCAGAGGAAAGUUUACCAGAAAAUAUAAGCUGGACUGCCUUCUCAGGAUACAAUAGGUCUCGAGAUGGCCAUUUGUUAAAUAUUGGUAAAUUGUGGGGGAAAACAAAAGUGUUGAUUCCAUCCAACAAUAUAAAAGGAAACUCAGUGAUAAGGCCUCAAACCACCCCAGCUGAGAAUCCCAUUUCCCUUCUAUUCAAGAAGAACUUCCAUAAGAUUCCUCAGUGGGAUUUUGAGGAUAUUUAUCACCAGGAUGCUCCACCAAGCCUGACAACAUGUCCACAGUCUCUGCGUAACUCCAAGGAUGAGGACUUCCAAAAGGCUUUUCUACCAAACAUCCGUGUGUUUAUGCACAAAGACAACUUCAACAUUAAAGACUGGAACCGGCUUUCACAUUUUAACAAUCCAUUUGGUUUUAUGGAAAUGAAAUAUGAUGAUGUUUUAGAUGCAGUGAAGCUGAUUCCAAAGCCAACAGAACCACUUCUUCUUCCUAAACCGGGCGGUGACGGCUGUGUUCACUGUGCUGUAGUGGGAACUGGAGGAAUUCUCAAUGGCUCAAAAAUGGGAGCAGAGAUUGAUGCUCAUGACUAUGUUUUCCGGGUGAAUGGAGCAGCAAUCAAAGGUUAUGAGGAAGACGUUGGGAACAAAACAUCAGUUUAUGUUCACACUUCCUUCUCAAUCACUCAAUCACUUUAUAUUCUCAAGAAGUACGGAUACCAAUCUGCACCACACGACAAGGGGAUAAAGUAUGUCCUGAUUCCUGAGGGGAUGAGGGACUUCCAGUGGCUCAAGGCUCUUUUUAAAGAAGGAAACUAUCAAAAUACAAAUCCUAGAAAUUAUUACUCUGGCCAGUACAACGAGAGCCGCUACUAUGUUCUGCACCAGGACUUCAUGAGAUAUGUGCGGAACAGGUUCUUAAAAUCAGAUAACCUGAAUAAAGGAUUCUGGGAUAUUGUCCGACCGACUAAUGGAGCGUUUGCUGUCUUCUUGGCUCUACACUCGUGCGACACGGUGAGCGCAUAUGGGUUCAUGACAGAAGACUACAGGAAAUAUUCUAACUACUACGUUGAAAGGCACCAGAAAACCAAUGUCAUUUUUUAUGCCAACCAUGACUACAUUCUAGAGAAGAAUCUGUGGACAAGCCUCCAUGUCAGAAAAAUACUGAAGCUUUUUAUGAGAACUGGAUCAUAAAAAAGGACAAAAUAACCAAAGAAUGCAGGAUGUCAAAUGUUUACAGUAUAAAAAAGAAAAAUCUAUGUAAACCUGCAUAUUCUUCUCCAUGUUGAGCUUUUGAGUAGGUUUUGUCAAGGCUUUAUUUUUAUAUUGAGUAAAUGAUCAGAUUUGAAAGUGAAAGUUUUGGACACAGAUCCCAUUGUGAAAGCUACUGGGAACAGUCAUUGUGUCGUUUAUUUUAAAUUUACUUUAUUUAAAACUUUUUUCUUAUUUCUCAGCAGGAGUCGCUUAACUACAAAAACAUUCCAGUUAGUGAAAAGUUCUCUAUUUUAUGACACCUGUAGCCCCAUCAAUGGACACAAAAUAAAAUGUGAUCCAACAGAUUUUCUUUGUAUAGUUGCAAAAUUACUAUCUACAAUUUGUUUUUAA